AUGGUGGAGCAUCAACUCCCCAUUCUCCCGCUUACCAUCACCCCGCCCCAUUCUCCCGCCUUCCAUCACCCCACCCCAUUCUCCCGCUUUCCAUCACCCUGCCCCAUUCUCCCUCUUUCCAUCACCCCGCCCCAUUCUCCCUCUUUCCAUCACCCCACCCUAUUCUCCCUCUUUCCAUCACCCCGCCCCACUCUCCCGCUUUCCAUCACCCCACCCCUUUCUCCCGCGUUCCAUCACCCCGCCCCAUUCUCCCGCUUUCCGUCACCCCGCCCCAUUCUCCCGCUUUCCAUCACCCCGCCCCAUUCUCCCGCUUUCCACCACCCUGCCCCAUUCUCCCACUUUCCAUCACCCUGCCCCAUUCUCCCGCUUUCCAUCACCCAGCCCCAUUCUCCCGCUUUCCAUCACCCUGCCCCAUUCUCGCGCUUUCCAUCACCCCGCCCCAUUCUCAAGCUUUCCAUCACCCCGCCCCAUUCUCCCGCUUUCCAUCACCCCGCCCCAUUCUCCCGCUUUCCAUCACCCCACCCCAUUCUCCCUCCUUCCAUCACCCCGCCCCAUUCUCCCUCCUUCCAUCUCCCCGCCCCAUUCUCCCGCUUUCCAUCACCCCGCCCCAUUCUCCCUCCUUCCAUCACCCCGCCCCAUUCUCCCUCCUUCCAUCACCCCGCCCCAUUCUCCCUCCUUCCAUCACCCCGCCCCAUUCUCCCGCUUUCCAUCACCCCGCCCCAUUUUUCCGCUUUCCAUAACCCCACCCCAUUCUCCCGCUUUCCAUCACCCCGUCAAAUUCUCCCGCUUUCUAUCACCCCGCCCCAUUCUCCCUCCUUCCAUCACCCCGCCCCAUUCUCCCGCUUUCAAUCACCCCGCCCCAUUCUCCCGAUUUCCAUCACCCCGCCCCAUUCUCUCGCUUUCCAUCACCCCGCCCCAUUCUCCCGCUUUCCAUCACCCCGCCCCAUUCUCCCGCUUUCCAUCAUCCCGCCCCAUUCUCCCUCCUUCCAUCACCCCGCCCUAUUUUUCCGCUUUCCAUCACCCCUCACAAUUCUCCCUCUUUCCAUCACCCCGCCCCAUUCUUCCGCUUUCCAUCACCCGCCCCAUUCUCCCGCUUUCCAUCACCUCACCCCAUGCUCCCGCUUUCCAUCACCCCGCCCCAUUCUUUUGCUUUCCAUCACCCCGCCCCAUUCUCCCGCUUUCCAUCACCCUGCCCCAUUCACCCGCUUGCCAUCACCCGCCCCAUUCUCCCGCUUUCCAUCACCCCGCCCCAUUCUCCCGCUUUCCAUCACCCCGCUCCAUUCUCCCGCCUUCCAUCACCCUGCCCCAUUCUCCCGCUUUCCAUCACCCGGCCCCAUUCUCCCGCUUUCCAUCACUCCGCCCCAUUCUCCCGCUUUCCAUCACCCCGACCCAUUCUCCCACUUUCCAUCACCCCGCCCCAUUCUCCCUCCUUCCAUCACCCUGCCUCAUUCUCCCUCUUUCCAUCACCCCGCCCCAUUCUCCCGCUUUCUAUCACCCCGCCCCAUUCUCCCGCUUUCCAUCACCCAGCCCCAUUCUCCCGCUUUCCAUCACCCCGCCCCAUUUUCCCGCUUUCCAUCACCCCGCCCCAUUCUCCCGCUUUCCAUCACCCUGCCCCAAUCUCCCGCUUUCCAUCACCCCGCCCCAUUCUCCCUCCUUCCAUCACCCCACCCCAUUCUCCCGCUUUCCAUCACCCCGCCCCAUUCUCCCGCUUUCCAUCACCCAGCCCCAUUCUCCCACUUUCCAUCACCCCGCCCCAUUCUCCCGCUUUCCAUCACCCCACCCCAUUCUCCCUCCUUCCAUCACCCCGCCCCAUUCUCCCUCCUUCCAUCACCCCGCCCCAUUCUCCCGCUUUCCAUCACCCCGCCCCAUUCUCCCUCCUUCCAUCACCCCGCCCCAUUCUCCCGCUUUCCAUCACCCCGCCCCAUUUUCCCCCUUCCCAUAACCCCACCCCAUUCUCCCGCUUUCCAUCACCCCGCCUAA